UACGGAACCCCUGACGGACGCCUGGAGGCCCCAGGACCACGGUUUGGGAACCCCUUUAAUAGCCCGUCCUCCCUUUGCACCUCCUCAGUAGUGACUUCAGCCUCGGUUGGAGGGGGAGGAGCAGGCUGGGAGGCUCUGCUCUGCUCCCAUGUUGAUGUUUGUUGUUUGCGGGGGUGGCAGCACUGUGUGUGGAUAGGGACACAAUGUGAACGGAGGGUUGCCGACUGGCCUGCCUGCACGCUUCUUGGGGAAUGCUGCAACUUUUUUUCCCCGAUAACGCGACUGAAUGGUGAAGAUUUCUGAUGAUUAUUCGCCGAUUGUUGCUGUGAAACACUUGGACAUAUGGCUAUAAGGUCCUACUUGGUUCAUGUUGUGCGCAAAGACUCGUAGUGUCUUCCUGAGCGACGGCCAGUCAGGAUGCAGGAGCUUUUCUGAGAGCACCCCGUCGUGUGGUCUUAUACUGGAUCUCCUUCCCUUUUUAAACGAAGUUCUUCUAAGGCGAAGAGAGGCACAUCUGCACCGGGAUUUAUUCUGCUGUGGGGAUUUUAAUCAGCAACUGAUGCAUCUCGGGGUAUCUGAGUCCAUGAGAGAGUGCGAGUACAGCCAAAUAAGCACUCGCAGCUCCACGCCAAUGGAGACCCCUUACAAGAAAAGGACCCCAAAGAAGAGAAAGUGGGAGUCCUUCCCAGGUCGGAAUAAAUUUUACUGCAAUGGGAGGAUUAUGAUGGCCAAGCAGACAGGGGUUUUCUACCUCACCCUUGUCCUCAUUCUAGUCACUUGUGGACUUUUCUUCACCUUUGAUUGUCCAUUCCUGGCGGCGCAUUUGACCCCAGUUAUCCCAGUCAUAGGAGGUGUGCUGUUUCUAUUUGUACUGGGGACUCUCCUGAGAACGAGCUUUAGUGACCCAGGUGUGCUGCCCAGGGCCACCCCAGAUGAGGCAGCUGACCUGGAGAGGCAAAUAGAUGUGGCUAAUGGCAGCACUGGCUACAGGCCUCCUCCCAGGACCAAGGAGGUGCUCAUCAACGGCCAGACAGUCAAGCUGAAGUAUUGCUUCACCUGCAAGAUCUUCAGACCACCACGUGCCUCCCACUGCAGCCUCUGCGACAACUGUGUGGAGCGUUUUGACCACCACUGUCCCUGGGUGGGGAACUGUGUGGGAAGGAGGAACUACCGUUUCUUCUACAUGUUCAUCCUCUCGCUCUCCUUCCUCACUAUCUUCAUCUUCGCGUUCGUCAUCACACACAUCAUUUUAAGCUCCCAUCAAAACGGGUUCCUUAACGCACUUAAAGAAAGUCCUGCCAGUGUGCUGGAGGUGGUGGUAUGUUUCUUCUCUGUCUGGUCCAUAGUGGGCCUCUCAGGCUUCCAUACCUACCUAAUCAGCUCCAACCAGACCACCAAUGAAGAUAUAAAAGGUUCUUGGUCUUCUAAAAGAGGGAAGGACAACUAUAACCCCUACAGCCAUGGCAAUAUAUUCACCAACUGCUGUGCAGCACUGUGUGGACCCCUGCCACCGAGUCUCAUUGACAGACGGGGCUUUAUCCAAUCAGACGCACCGCAGCUGGCACCACCAACCAAUGGCAUCACUAUGUAUGGCGCCACCCAGUCUCAGCAGAGCCACAUGUGUGACCAAGACCAGUGCAUUCAGAGCACCAAAUUCGUUUUGCAGGCCGCCGCCACACCUCUCCUCCAGCAGCAGAGCAGUGAGCCAGUCAUCCUGACGGCCUCGUCUGAAAACGGAGGCUCUCUACCUGGCCGCACCUCCCUCACCCUUGGUGGCCCGUGCACCUCACUCCCCCUCGGCCAGCACCCUCCGACGUCCACCCCCAGCCUCAGCUGCCACGAGGCCAACGACAUGCUACCAAUCCACGGACACAGCCUCGCACACAACCACAGCCACCCCCUCCAAGAGCCAGUGGCCCACCACCACUUUCUUACCCCAGAGGAAGUGCCAUCGCCGCCAGGUAUGCUUCCCUGCGGCAGCCCCCUGGGUCACAGCCACACCAUGCAGGCUGGUUUCUACAACCCAGCCAGCCAGGACUCACUACACGAGGACUCUGUCAGAGGAUUGGUAAAGCUCAGCUCUGUCUGACAAUGGGAUGUAUACCACCUCCUCCCUCCUGAAAACAUGCAUCCAACCCAUGAAACCCUCCUGUGCCACUUUUAUACCAACUUGCUCUCACCCUGAGUUAGUUUUCCUUUCUCUCCUCAGCAGGACUAGAGAACUGAAAAAGGCUGUGGUUUAAAUUCAGCUGCUAGAAACUGAAUUAAAUUGAACUGAACCGAAGUGAAACCAGUUGUCCUCAGCCAAUGUCUUGCCAAACCUCUCUGAUGGAACCGGGAGAGAUGUUUUCUCGUGUGAUGGCCAGUAUGACAACUCAGACAUGCUCUUCUAUUUUUUUUUUUUUUUUUUUACUUCAACAGAAGCAUAAUCCAUUAGCUUCUGGAAACUGGACAGGCGAGUUUCUUUUUCAAAGUGGCGUAUGUCUGUGAGCCAUGUCAAGCAAAAAAGAAUACAUGUUGACAGUACAUGACAUUUUUGGUCAAAAUGAAUUUCUGUCAAUGGAUCACAGGUCUGACAGGUUUUUUUGUAAAACAAACUUUAGCCUAUUUGCCUGUUGCUGAUUGGACAGCGUCUUUUGCCUUUUUUUCUUGGACAUUCUCAGCAGUGCAAUGGUUGUCAUCAUGUUGCAUAUCAUCCUGCUUUUUGUAUGUUAAAAAAAUGAGACUGUACCAUGGUUAUUACAAAUCUUACAAAUUAUUAUAUUUCCUGUGGAUAUUAAUAAAACACCAACUUUGUAUCAAA